CGCUCAAAGGAAUCCAGCAAGAGACAGCCCUCAAUUCACUCAAUUGUCAGAAAGCGAAUUGCCUAGUUUAACCGGACGAAGCUUCCGGCAAUAAAGAGCAAGGGUUUGAAUAUUGAAUAUUGUUCAAUGUUUUUCGCGAUAUUUUUGUAAACCCUUAUUAGUGGAUAACGUUACCUGUCCGGCAAAACACAACACGACCGACCUAGUGCUAGCUAUCUAACGUUAGCUAUCUAGCUGACUGAUAGCAUUGCUGUAGGAGAGGUAGGAGAUGGAUCUCUUCGGUGAUCUGCCUGAACCAACCCAGGUGGUUACAGUUCUUUUCCCGUUUGGUACGGUGCAGGUAAGGAGCCAACCCAGUCACCUGAAGAGAGCAGAGGUGAGAAGAGGAAACACGAUGAGGGGCUCGAAAAAGAGGUGACGGUGGAAAAGAAUGAAGAGGAAAAGAAAGUUUGUAAAGGUUUUCCACAUUUCCACACAAAAUGUAUUAGGUGUAUGUCUGUAUGUUCAUUGCAUGUAUCCCUCCCAAGUGUACAAGAAUACUGACAUUUGCCCUGUUCUGCUUGACCUGUUAUGACCCUUAUGUGUUGUGCACUGUUUGGCCAGGUCAAGCCAGGCUAAAGGCAUAUGUAGCUGCACGCAGAGGUGAGCGGGAGGAGAUGCAGGAUGCUCACGUACUCCUGCCGGAUAUGAGCAGCAUCAUAUCUUCACUACCAUCCCAAGUUUCUCGUCUGGCCUACUUUGCGGUUUUUGAUGGUCAUGGCGGAGCAAGGGCCUCCCGAUUCGCUGCAGAGCAUCUGCAUCACACCCUGGUCACCAAGUUCCCCAAAGGUGAUGUGGAGAACUUGGACAAGCUAAUAAAAAAGUGUCUACUAGAUACUUUCCGUCAGACAGAUGAGGACUUCCUGAAGAAAGCCUCAAGCCAGAAACCAGCGUGGAAGGACGGCUCGACAGCCACAUGUGUGCUGGUGGUGGAUGAUGUGCUAUAUGUGGCCAACCUCGGGGACAGCAGGGCUGUUCUAUGUCGUUCAGAGCACAGGGAGGACGGCGGGGAGAAGAAGUGUGUCACCCUGGCCCUCAGCAAAGAACACAACCCCACCAUUUAUGAGGAGCGGAUGAGGAUACAGAGGUCAGGGGGGACAGUCAGAGAUGGUCGCGUGUUGGGGGUCCUGGAGGUGUCGCGCUCCAUAGGGGACGGCCAGUACAAACGCUGUGGAGUCAUCUCCACACCAGACCUCAGACGCUGCCAACUUAGUGCAAGUGAUCGGUUUGUGAUUUUGGCCUGUGAUGGCCUCUUUAAGGUCUUCUCGCCAGAGGAAGCUGUUAAAUAUGUACUCAACAUCCUGGAGGACACAUCGGUUGCCGUGGAGAAGAAGGAGGGGCAGACGGAGAGGGAGGCCCACCAUGACGCCGCUUGUCAACGGUUGGCCAGUGAGGCUGUGCGGCGCGGCUGUGCAGAUAAUGUCACUGUGAUCCUGGUGUCCAUUGAAUUCUGAGAGGCACUCGUCCACUCUUCAGUCACGCCAGAAAGCACUGAGGUCAAUGAGAGAGCUGUGCUCUACCAAACAUGCCACACUGUCUGCUGCACAGACAUUUAGGGGGUCGUAUUCUCCAGGCAAUUCGCUUAUGAAGGUGUUGUGAUCUGGAAAGGAAUGUCAAUGUUUCAUUUGAGCAAAAGGAUACAUCGCCACCCUCCUGAAUAAUUCAAUAAAACUUCUACUUUUUUAUAA